AGGAAACAAAUAAAAGAGAAACCGCUACGAAGCUUCCUCUUAAGAACCCCAUGUCGCCGCAACCCCCAAAUCGCCGGUGACAAGCGCUAAACCCCGAUAUAGCAGUGUCGCUAACGACGAAGAAGAGGAAGAGCUACACACAUAUAUAUAUAUAUAUAGCUGUGGACAAAGAGAGAGAGAGAGAGAGAGAGAGAGAGAGCAUACGAAGAGGACGAGGACGAGGACGAGGACGAAGCUACGAGAACCCUCCCGAUCUCUCUCUUCGGUUCCCCUUCGAUUCCCCUUCCUCUCGUAGAUCUGGUCGGCGGUGGGGUGUCAUCUCUCCUGUGACAGAGACGGGAUGGACUCGCCGUACAUCCGCCGCGUCGACGACGACGACGACGAGUGCAACGGCGGCGGCGGCAGUGGAAGCAGAGGUGGCGGAGGAAGCGGGGGAGGGAGAGGAGGAAGCGGCGAGAUGCGGCGAUCGAGCGACGACGCCUUCGACAUACCGCCGAAGAACGCCCCGAUAGAGCGGCUCAAGCGGUGGAGGCAAGCGGCACUUGUGCUGAAUGCUUCUCGACGGUUUAGAUAUACCCUCGACUUGAAAAAGGAGGAAGAAAAGGAACAAAUUAGGAGAAAGAUUCGGGCACAUGCUCAAGUUAUACGGGCUGCAUUUCUUUUCAAAGAGGCUGGGGAAAGACAUGUUUCAGAAACACGGGAGCCACCAGUGGUUACUCCUGGUUUUGGAAUUGGACAAGAGCAGCUUACCGCAAUGACUAGGGAUCACAAUUAUUCUGCUUUACUGGAAUAUGGAGGGGUGAAAGGGAUAGCAAAUUUGCUAAAGACCAAUUUAGAAAAGGGUAUUAGUGGGGAUGAUGAAGACUUAUUGAGUAGACGGAAUGCACUUGGGGCUAAUAGAUAUCCUCGUAAGAAAGGAAGAAGCUUCUUGGUUUUCCUGUGGGAAGCUUGCCAAGAUCUGACUCUUAUCAUCCUUAUUAUAGCUGCGGUUAUAUCUCUAGUAUUAGGCAUUAAGACAGAGGGUAUUAAAGAAGGAUGGUAUGAUGGUGGUAGCAUUGCCUUUGCCGUUUUUCUUGUCAUAAUUGUUACUGCUAUCAGUGACUAUAAGCAAUCGCUUCAGUUCCAAAGCCUUAACGAGGAAAAGGAAAACAUACAUAUGGAGGUCAUUAGAGGUGGUAGAAGAGUCCCGGUCUCAAUAUUUGAUAUUGUUGUUGGUGAUGUUGUUCCUCUCAAAAUCGGCGAUCAGGUCCCUGCUGAUGGCAUCUUAAUUAGUGGUCAUUCUCUUGCCAUUGAUGAAUCUAGUAUGACCGGGGAAAGCAAGAUAGUGAGUUUCCUCAUUCUAUACACCUCUGAGCAUGCACAUGUUGAGCUACAAAUAAUUCGUUGCCAUGAUUUAUUCCAGGUCCACAAGGAUCAGAAGUCACCAUUUUUGAUGGCUGGAUGCAAAGUUGCUGAUGGUUAUGGUACCAUGUUGGUUACUGCUGUUGGAAUCAAUACUGAAUGGGGUUUAUUAAUGGCCAGUAUAUCGGAGGAUACCGGUGAAGAAACUCCUUUGCAGGUGCGCUUAAAUGGGGUCGCUACUUUCAUUGGUAUAGUUGGGCUUUCUGUAGCUGGUGCAGUACUUGUAGUUCUUUUGGCUCGAUACUUCACUGGCCAUACAAAGAACCCUGACGGUACUGUUCAAUAUAUAAAAGGACAAACAAAUGUGAAGGCUACAAUUAACGGAGCAGUAAAAAUUUUGACAGUUGCGGUGACUAUUGUUGUUGUCGCGGUGCCUGAAGGGCUACCAUUGGCUGUCACCUUGACCCUGGCUUACUCGAUGCGAAAAAUGAUGGCUGACAAGGCUCUGGUACGGCGGCUUUCGGCUUGUGAAACUAUGGGGUCAGCUACAACUAUUUGCAGUGAUAAGACGGGUACUUUGACCUUAAAUGAGAUGACUGUUGUUGAGGCGUAUGUUGGUGGCGUGAACGUACAACCUCCAGAUAAUGUUAAGUUGUUGUCUCCUACCAUCUCAACUCUUAUACUUGAGGGAAUUGCACAAAAUACAUCGGGCAGCGUAUAUGAGCCAGAGGGUGGUGCUGUUGAAGUGACCGGAUCUCCUACUGAAAAGGCCAUCCUUUCUUGGGGCGUGAAGCUUGGGAUGAAAUUUAACGAGAUGAGAUCAGAAUCUUCAAUCCUUCAUGUCUUUCCUUUCAACUCAGAUAAAAAACGUGGUGGUGUUGCGGUACACGUGGGAGGUUCUGAAGUUCAUGUGCAUUGGAAAGGAGCUGCUGAAAUUGUUCUAGCUGCAUGCACUAGUUGGCUUGAUGCAGAUGGCCAGAAGCAGCCGAUGACUUCUGAUAAGGCUGAUGAAUUCAAGAAGGAUAUUGAAGAUAUGGCUGCACGGAGUCUUCGCUGUGUCGCUUUCGCAUACAGACCUUUUGAAUUGGAAAAUGUUCCAAGCGAGGAACAGAGAGUAAACUGGGUGUUGCCUGAGGAUAACUUGAUUCUGCUUGCUAUUGUGGGGAUCAAGGAUCCUUGUCGUCCUGGAGUCCGAGAUGCUGUUCUGCUAUGUAGAGAUGCUGGUGUCAAGGUACGUAUGGUUACUGGGGAUAAUCUUCAAACAGCCAAAGCCAUUGCUUUGGAGUGUGGGAUACUUACUGAUCCCAAUGUGUCAGAGCCAGUGGUGAUAGAGGGAAGAACAUUUCGCGCAUGUACUGAUGCAGAAAGAGAGGCGAUUGCUAAUGAAAUCUCUGUGAUGGGAAGAUCUUCCCCAAAUGACAAGCUGCUGCUUGUAAGAGCUUUGAGGAGUAGAGACCAUGUGGUUGCUGUUACCGGAGAUGGCACAAAUGAUGCUCCUGCAUUACAUGAGGCUGAUAUUGGUCUUGCAAUGGGCAUUUCGGGAACAGAGGUAGCUAAAGAAAGUGCGGACAUUAUUAUUCUUGAUGACAAUUUUGCAUCUGUUGUGAAGGUUGUCCGGUGGGGUCGUUCUGUGUAUGCAAACAUCCAGAAGUUUAUUCAGUUUCAGCUCACCGUCAACGUGGCUGCUCUUGUGAUCAACGUGGUUGCUGCUGUUUCUUCUGGCAACGUUCCUUUAAAUGCUGUUCAGCUGCUUUGGGUCAACCUUAUCAUGGACACACUUGGGGCUCUUGCAUUGGCAACUGAACCACCAACGGAUGAACUUAUGAAACGCUCACCUGUCGGCCGGAGAGAGCCUCUGAUUACAAAUAUCAUGUGGAGGAACUUGUUUAUACAGGCUGUGUUUCAAAUCACUGUCCUUCUUACACUGAACUUCAGAGGCAGGAGCAUUCUGCAUUUGAACAAUGACAGUCCCAGUCAUGCUGAGAAAGUUAAAAAUACCUUUAUAUUCAAUUCAUUUGUUCUCUGUCAAGUAUUUAAUGAGUUCAAUUCACGGAAGCUAAAUGAGCUGAAUAUAUUCAGUGGAGUCACAAAGAACUACCUCUUCAUGGGCAUUGUAGGGAUUACGGUUCUACUUCAGGUCAUUAUCAUCGAGUUUCUUGGGAAGUUCACAUCGACUGUCAAAUUAACUUGGAAGCUGUGGCUUGUUUCUAUAGCUAUUGGUUUUGUGAGCUGGCCGUUAGCAGUCAUAGGAAAGCUCAUACCAGUUCCCGAACAGCCAUUUGGAGAGCUAAUUUUGAGCCGUUGUUCCCGGCCAGAGCAAAAAGUUGAUGGAGCAUUGUCUCGAGGAGUGUCACCCAAUCAUGCUGUGUGAAGUGACUAAUUAACCACGGAAUUGCGUGUAAAUGCUUACUACAUGAUCAGAACCACUAAUAUUACGACAUACGUCAGUAUCCUUCUAACCAAAACCCCUCCUUUUUUGUGCCUAACUUGAAUGCUUCUGGGGUUGCCCUUUCUACCAUGUUUGAAGAUUGUAACUAAUCUUACUAUUUUAGCGUCGGCGGAGUGGUGGUGCUAACUACUACUCUUCUACUAACUAUAGUUGCAAAUUUGGCUGCUGUUGUUUCUAUUUGCUGUGGCUAUUGCGACGAGCCUGAACCGUGGUGAUUAAUUAGCUUUGUAUCUACAAGAAAUCGAAUCAAAAGCACUGGUUCUUCGGAGUUGUGCAUUUCCUGUA